UAGGCGGGGCGCCGACAAGAUGGCGGCGGGGGUGCGGAAGCGGAGCCCGGCCGGGACCGGGGCCGGCUCCGGCGCGCGCUGGGGGCUGGGCCUGGGACCGGCGCCGCUGAAGCGGGCCUGGCAGGAGCGGUGGCUGCUGCUGCUGGAGCCGCGCUACACACCGCUCGUGGCUGCCUGCCUCUGCCUGGCGGAGGUGGGCAUCAACCACUGGGUCAUACGCAGGGUGGCCUACACAGAGAUUGACUGGAAGGCCUACAUGGCGGAGGUGGAGGGGGUCAUCAACGGCACCUAUGACUACACUCAGCUUCGAGGCGACACCGGCCCCCUCGUCUACCCGGCAGGCUUUGUGUACAUCUUCAUGGGGCUCUACUAUGCCACGAGCCGAGGGACCGACAUCCGCCUGGCCCAGCACAUCUUUCUGGUCCUCUACCUGGCCACCCUGCUGCUAGUCUUCCGGAUCUACAGUCGUACGAGGAGGGUGCCUCCUUUCGUCUUCUUCUUCAUGUGCUGCGCCUCCUAUCGGGUGCACUCCAUCUUCGUGCUGCGGCUCUUCAAUGACCCGGUGGCCAUGGCGCUGCUCUUCCUCAGCAUUAACCUGCUGCUCUCCCAGCGCUGGGGCUGGGGAUGCGCUUGUUUCAGUCUGGCAGUAUCAGUGAAGAUGAACGUGCUGCUCUUCGCUCCAGGGCUGCUCUUUCUUCUCCUUUCUCAAUUUGGCCUCCGUGGGACCCUUCCCAAGCUGGGCAUCUGUGCCCUGCUCCAGCUCGUCCUGGGCUUGCCCUUCCUGCUGGAGAACCCAGCCGGCUACCUGUCCCGAUCUUUUGACCUGGGUCGGCAGUUCCUCUUCCGCUGGACUGUGAACUGGAGAUUCCUGCCCGAGGCGCUCUUCCUGAAUCGCACCUUUCACCUGGCCCUGCUGGCUGCUCACCUGAGUCUGCUGGCACUCUUUGCCUUCUGCAGGUGGCCCAGGUCAGGAGAAAGUAUCCUGUCCCUCCUGAAAGACCCCUCAAAGAGGAAAACCCCGGCCCAGCCCCUCACUUCGAAUCAGAUAGUGUCUGUGCUCUUCACCUCCAACUUCAUUGGCAUCUGCUUUAGCCGAUCCCUCCACUACCAGUUCUACGUCUGGUAUUUCCACACGCUGCCCUACCUCCUCUGGGCUACGCCCUCCCGCUGGCUCACUCACCUGCUCAGGUUACUGGUGCUUGGCCUCAUUGAGCUCUCUUGGAACACCUACCCUUCCACGUGCUGCAGCUCGGUGGCCCUGCACCUGUGCCACGCUGUCAUUCUGCUGCAGCUGUGGCUGGGCUCCAAGGCCUUCCCCAAGGCCUCCCAACCCCUUCAACCCAGCAAGAAGGCCCCCUGAGCUGCUGCCACCCAAGCUUCUCGGGGCUGCCGACAGACUCUGAUCCUUGUAAAACCACCCCCGCCCCAAUAAACCUGGUUGAACCCCA